CGCGGUCACUCUUACAACAGGAAACAAACAGAAUUCGCGGUUUUUGUCACUAUGAAGGACACUCGUGCUUUUUAAAAGGACUAAAAUAACACGUUAUUACCGUUGGCAACAAAUCUCACACAUCUUUUCGCUUGUGAUGCCCGCUGGGAUGUUUAGUAUCGACAGCAUCUUGGCCGGGAGACCCAGCUGCAAAGACUCGGUUCUGCUCCACCGGAAUGCCCCGGUUGUGUUCUCCAACUUGACGGAAUCCUUGUACACGGCAGCUGGCGAUUUUAAUGGACUGUAUUCACACACAGGACCUCCAGCGCCGAACUUACAAUCGGUGAAUGGAAGGAUAGGCUACAACAACUACUACUAUGGACAACUUCACGUCCAGGGGCCGACUGGACCAGCUUGCUGUGGCGCAAUACCAACCCUUGGUUCGCAACAGUGUCCGUGUAUUCAUACAGGUUAUGACAGCGCCGGCUCUGUGCUUAUUUCUCCAGUCCCACAUCAAAUGAUGUCGUACAUGAACGUGGGCACCUUGUCCAGAACCGAGCUACAGCUGCUCAACCAGCUACACUGUCGGCGCAAGAGACGACACCGAACCAUUUUCACCGACGAGCAGCUGGAGGCACUGGAAAACCUUUUUCAAGAAACGAAAUACCCUGACGUCGGCACAAGAGAACAACUGGCACGAAAGGUGCACCUACGUGAAGAGAAGGUAGAGGUUUGGUUCAAAAACAGACGAGCAAAAUGGAGAAGACAGAAAAGGUCGUCGUCAGAGGAAUCAGAAAACUCACAGAAAUGGAACAAAUCCACGAAAACAACCUCAGAGAAAAUUGAGGAGGGCAAAAGCGACGUGGAUUCUGACAGCUGAUAUAAAGAACACGAGAACGGGAAAUCUUGCACAAAUAUAAUUCGGACUUUAUUGUACAUAUUGUAAAGUAUGUGAGUUGGAGUAAAUAGUGUUGUCUUGCUGUUGCACAGAUGUAUAGUAAAUGUUACCUUUAACAAUGAUAUUGUUAUUUAUAUUAAUUUAAAUUUACAGACAAAAUAACGUGGAUUCUAGCCAUAGUAAUAUUACCUGGUGUAUACUGCAAACGUUUUUAAAGUCUUGUCGUGAUAAGAUGUACCUAAAUCUGAUGUUCUGGAAUGGGCUGUAGCUGAAGACAUGUACGAUGGCAGGACGAUACAUUCGGACAUUAAUUAAUUUAAAGUUUAAUGUCGCCUGAAAACAGGAACAAAUAUUAAAGUAAUAUCUAAAAAAA